UUCUUUUUCUCAUUUCUAGAUUGCAAAAAUGCUUUGGAGUUUUUAACUGAAUCUAAGAAAGUCCAAAAUAGAUUUGAGACUGUAAAGGCGGAAGCUGCAGCGAGGGGGACUCAGUGCCAAUGCAUCAACAAAAAAGACAACCAGAGUUAGUGGAAGGAAAUCUUCCUGUUUUUGUGUUUCCCACGGAGCUGAUAUUUUACGCAGAUGAUCAGUCAACACAUAAGCAAGUGUUGACGCUGUACAAUCCCUAUGAGUUUGCCUUAAAGUUCAAAGUUUUAUGUACGACUCCAAAUAAGUAUGUUGUUGUUGACGCCGCAGGUGCAGUGAAGCCUCAGUGCUGUGUGGAUAUUGUGAUUCGUCAUAGAGAUGUUCGAUCCUGUCACUAUGGUGUGAUAGACAAAUUCCGCCUCCAAGUCUCAGAGCAAAGCUAGAGGAAGGCUGUAGGAAGGAAAGAGGUUAUCGCUACUCUUCUCCCAUCCGCGAAAGAACAACAGAAGGAAGAAGAGGAGAAAAGAAUAAAGGAACAUUUAACCGAAAGUGUAUUCUUUGAGCAGUCAUGUCAACCAGAAAACAGAAGUGUCUCUUCAGGACCUAGUUUGCUAACUGUCUUACUGGGAGUGGUAUGUAUUGCGGCCCUGAUGCUGCCUACUCUGGGGGAUAUGGAAUCGCUGGUGCCUCUCUACCUCCACUUAAGUGUGAAUCAAAAAUUAGUGGCUGCUUAUAUCUUAGGUCUUAUCACAAUGGCUAUACUUAGAACAUGAACAAGGAUUAAAACUGACUUCUGAAGGAAAUUUAUCUUAAAUAUGAAUGUGGACUGCCUUUUAUCUCUAUUUCACUCCAUUAACACACUACAAAAUACUGAAUGAUUUCAAAUAACUGCAAAUGUGUAGUAUAUAUUUUCAAUUAGUCUAUAAUUUUAUUUGAAGGACUCUAGCACUUUAUGUUACAGACAACAAAAAGAUACUUCUGAGUGAAACAUAGGGAAUUAUUUGAAGAAAUUCUUUUAAAAUCUAUACCUGUUGUGCAAAUAACUUUAAAUGUUAUUUUUCAUCUUUUUUUUUUGUCUAAUUCACUUUGAUAAGGGUCAUGGGUCCUUCAAAGUUUAAGACCUAAAUGAGCAACUGACCAGCUUGAAAAGACUAGACCCAAGCAUCAACAUUACUAUGUAAAUCAUAAAUCUUCCUGUAUCAUUGCAAGGAGUUGCUGUAGUGUUUUUAAAGCAAGUAUGUUACAGUCAGCGUGUGAGAGGGUUGAGAAAACAAGGUACUUACUGAGGGGUCACACUUACCCUAGAGGUAAGGUACUUACUGGGGGGGUCACACUUACCCUAGAGGCUCACAGAACACAAGUUG